AGUCAGGCAUUCUGUUGUUGGGACUGUGAUGCUGGGCUGUUGUUCAGCGCAGGACUGAAGUCCGUCAGAACAGAAUGUGCUCCAUACAGGAGACAUGAGCAUGUGGAUACUCCCUAGAUUUGUAUAACAUGCAAGGUCAUAUCUCUGUGCAUGAAAGCAUGGCCAAAGGGUGUUUUCUGUGCCUGCUGCUUUGGCUGCUUGUACCUGUGGCCAGAUGCCAGAACAGAAGACAGUCUGGAGGAUCACUGAACCUCACCACAAAACAGGACAAUGAGUUAUUAUGCACACUAGAGAUCGCAUUCAUCCUGGACAGCUCAGAGAGUGCGAAGGGCCUUCUGUUCGAUCGAGAGAAAGAGUUUGUGCGCUCCUUCAGCAAGCGGGUGGCACAGAUGCAGGUGUCUGACUGGCAUCUGAAAACCCGUAUGGCACUCAUCUACUACAGCAGCUCAGUCCAUAUCGACCAGCGCUUCAGAGACUGGCAGGACCUUGACGUCUUCCUGAGCAGAUUGGCGGACGCCAUCUACAUCGGCCAGGGAACGUACUCCACAUACGCCAUAUCCAAUGCCACACAGCUCUUCACCAGCGAGACCGAGGAGCAAAGUGUGAGGGUCGCUCUGCUCAUGACUGACGGCAUCGACCAUCCGCGGAAUCCUGACAUCAUGACGGCGGUCUCCGAGGCCAAAGGCCACAACAUUAAGAUCUUCGCAAUUGGUUUAUCAAACUUGGCAAAGGACAACAUGAACAGUGCCAAACUGCGGGUCAUAGCGAGCAGCCCAGCGCAGCAGUACUUCCACAGCCUCACUGACCCCAAACUGGAGGAACGGCUCCUGCAGCAGCUCGAAACAGUUGCAAAGAAAGAAUGUCCUCGUCCACCGGUGUGUUUGUGUGAGAAAGGUGAACGCGGUCCUCCAGGAGCUCCUGGUAAAAAAGGGGAGCAAGGUUAUGAAGGAACACCUGGUCAAAAAGGCUCAAGGGGGGAAACAGGAGCACCCGGUCUUCCAGGAAUCAACGGUCCAGAGGGAAGACCUGGGUUCAAAGGUGAUAAGGGGGAUAAAGGUAACUGUGGACCACCAGGACAAAAGGGACAUAAGGGCACUGAGGGGUCUCCAGGGCCGAGGGGUCCCAGAGGAGAGCAGGGUCUGAAAGGGCCUCCAGGAGACCAGGGACAUGAGGGUCCAGCAGGAACUAAAGGUGAUCGAGGGCCGAUUGGUGCAUCUGGCCCACCGGGAGAUAUUGGAGUCGGAUUUCCUGGUCCAAAGGGAGACAAAGGGAACCCAGGAAGAUCAGGUCUUCCUGGUCCGGUCGGCAUAGGUCAGCGAGGACAACCUGGUCCUCCAGGUUUACCAGGAGCACAGGGGAACCCAGGAGCUCCAGGCGAAGGACUUCCUGGGCCCAAGGGUGACCGUGGAUAUGUUGGUGCUACAGGUGGACGUGGACCCCCAGGUUAUGGAAUUAAAGGUGAAAAGGGCAAUGCAGGACCUCCUGGAUCACCUGGACCAUUAGGAAUGCCGGGCAAGGGGAUUCAAGGAGAGAAAGGAAAUCAGGGACCAGCUGGUCCCAUUGGUCAAAGAGGGAAUCCUGGGAUAGGACUCACUGGACCAAAGGGAGAACAGGGUUUCCCUGGAGAACGUGGAGCCCCUGGAGAAAGAGGAAUUGGAGAACCAGGACCCAAAGGUGUACCUGGAUUACGAGGUUUACCUGGUGAGGCAGGUGUACCGGGAGAAGAUGGAGCCAUGGGACUGAAGGGUGAUAUAGGCUUACCAGGACCUAGAGGACCAGACGGACCUCCUGGAAGAGGCCUGCCUGGAGAAAAGGGGGUUCGAGGGGAGAGGGGCCCCCGAGGCCAACCAGGACCAUUGGGACCAGUUGGGCCUGCAGGGGCAAAGGGAGAACCAGGGACUGUUGGAGUUCCAGGUGUUUCUGGGCCUCCAGGACGGGGCAUUCCAGGACCAAAGGGAGAUCCAGGGCCGGUUGGUCCAGCAGGUCCUUCUGGAGAACCAGGGAUAGGCAUUGAAGGACCAAAGGGUGAAAUCGGGUUACAAGGACCCAUUGGACCUCCAGGGCUGAAGGGAGAAGGCUAUCCCGGCCCACCUGGGCAACCAGGUCUUCCAGGCCUUACAGGAGAGACUGGGCCAGAGGGAACAGGUUUACCUGGACCAAAGGGGGAUCGAGGCCCUCCAGGUUCCCCAGGGCCUGCUGGAGCGCCAGGUCUUGGGCAAAUGGGCCCAAAGGGCUCCAUUGGUCAGACUGGUCCAGCUGGUCCUCCAGGAUUACCAGGAGAGGGCAUACAAGGACCAAAGGGUGAUCCUGGAUAUCAGGGUAUACAGGGGCCAAGAGGGUUUCCCGGGGAGGGUUUGCUGGGGCAGAAGGGGGAUCGUGGGUUACCCGGCGCACAAGGACGUAAAGGAGAUGGAGGAAGCCAGGGAGAACCAGGGUCUACUGGACCACUGGGUAAUACAGGAACAAAAGGAGAACCUGGUCUCACGAGAGAGGAAAUAAUCAGCUUAAUCCGAUCUAUUUGUGGCUGUGGUCGGAUCUGCAGAGUACGGCCUCUGGAGCUGAUGUUUGUGAUUGACAGCUCUGAGAGCGUCGGCCCGGAAAACUUUGAGAUCAUUAAGGACUUUGUGAAUACCUUGAUUGACCGUGUGUCAGUCAGUCCAGAGGUCACGCGUGUCGGAGUGGUUCUCUACAGCCACAUUAACCUGGUGGUCACAAGCCUACAAGAGCGCUUGAGUCGUGAUGAAGUGAAAGCAGCCGUGCGCAGGAUGCCCUACAUUGGGGAGGGCACUUACACAGGAAGUGGCAUCAGAAAGGCCAACGAGAUCUUCCGCUUUGCUCGGCCCGGUGUGAAGAAAGUGGCUGUGGUUAUUACAGACGGCCAGACAGAUCAUCGGGACACGGUGAAGCUGGAGGAUGCGGUCAGAGAUGCCCAUUCAGCCAAUAUCACCAUGUUGGCUAUAGGAGUGGUGAAUCAAAGCGACCCCAUCUAUGAUGAUUUUAAGCAGGAGCUGAAGUCAAUAGCAUCGCCGCCCACCGAAGAGCACGUGUUUUCCGUAGAGGACUUCAGAAUGCUUCCUGAAGUGGAAAGUAAACUGCUUCAAGAGAUCUGUGAGAACACUGAUGGAUCGAUAUUCAGCACUACCUCCAAGCCAGGUGCAGUUGGAGAGUUGUUCCCCUACUAUGAUCCCAAAGUGGACGGCACUGACAUUAAAGGCACUAUAACACCUUAUUUGGAAAGAGAAGAGCUGAACCUCCUCCCAGAUUUCUCUCUCACAUCAUUGGACUGGCCCAAACAGGACACAUACACGACUGAGCCACCACUGCUCAUACAGGAUGAUUUUACUGCAGACGAGCGAUGCCUACAGCCUCUGGAUCCCGGUCCGUGUCGAGACUAUGUUGUUAAAUGGUAUUUUGAUCCAAAAGCCAAUUCAUGUGCUCAGUUCUGGUUUGGAGGUUGCCAAGGCAACAAAAACCAGUUUGACACUCAACUGGCCUGCAGAAAAUCCUGUGUGAAAAAGUAAGUCUUAUAAUUAGAGCACUGAACCUGAUCCUACAAAAACACAUGAAGCUAAAAGGGCUCUUUAUACACAAGCUUUUAAUAUUCAACAUUUUAAAUAAUAAACAUUUUAAAAAACUAAACUUGAACAAUCUACAAAUGCCUUAUUUGCAUAUAUAGUGGCCAAAAGAAGUAUUUACACAAGGUUAAGUCACAAUGAAAAAUGUCUAAAUUAAAUAAAAAGUGUUUUUAUUUGAAAAGAAAUGUAUGAAUGAUUGUUGAUUAGGAAUAAUUCUGGCUCAGAGAAAAUGCACUGAUAUUCAGACAUUAUUUUGAGCAAAAAUACUAUUUCUUGAUGUAGGAAAUAUAAAAAAAAUAUAUAAUUCAACAGAAAAACGGUCUGUAAUCUUUUAAAAAUCAAAUGUUCUCAUGUAAACUAGUUUUUGGUCACAUUAAGCAUCUUUGCAGGGUUUUUUAUAUUGUUUAUUGUAUUUGUAUUGUGGUUUAACUGUGUUUAAUCUCACUGGUGCUGUUUUGUUCAUGAUUAGUGCUGAAUCUGUACCUGUAUCUCAAAGGUGCACCAGGUGAUGUGUCAAAUACUGUCAUGAAACGAGAUCACAAAAUCUGCACAGCAGAGAAAGAUCAUUAAAAACAGAUUCAUCAUCCUUA